UUUUUUUUAUAGUUCAUAAGUAAUUUUCAAAGUUUAUGGUAAUGAUAUAGGUAAGUUUAGUUUUGGGCCAGAUAAUCCAAGAACAUCUUUGAAUUUCUUCCCCUCAACUGAAGUUGAUCAACCAAAAUCGCACUCUCAUCAGGUAGUCAACAGAGGCGCUACCGUGGCCGCACGGAGCCUGUCCACAGCAGCGAGACUGGUAGCGGAGAGAAACAGUGUCGCGGCGCUCGAUAGGGGUUUCAUGGGUCACUUUUUGGAGUGGUUUUUGGAUCGCUAUUAUUUUUUUUGCUUGAAAAACCAAAGCUACCCCUUAAAAUUAAAACAUUUUGCAGGCAUUUCUGAGAAGUAUCAUGGCACAUCACUUUGGAGUGGUGACAAUGCUUCAUUGGUGAGAUCCAUAUCAAAGAAAUACCCUCACUUUGGAGAGAUGACAAUGCUUCAUAGGAAUGUGCUUCAAGUUGUGUUUUGUUGAUAACUGAGCAGGAAUUCAUCUUUUUCCCAUACUGAGAUCAUUUACACCGUAUGAUGAUACAUUACGAGUCUGUUUAUUCAGUUAGGAACAGUUGAGUGUUAGCAGGAAUCACGCCUAAGCCUGUCAAGCAAAAUGCUUUGGUACUCACCAGUUUAGCAAGCUAAUGUAGCUACCCAUAAAAUGUCAUAAAGUGCAGCUCCUAUGACGUCUAGUUUUGAAGGCGCUGCUACAAUAGGGUCUUGAGUAUUAUAAGCAGUCCAAGUUUCACAUCAAGUUGUCUAAGAUGCUUGUAAAGUACUUAAGUGGUUUGGUAAUUCCUCUAACUAGCUUUCAAGGAAGUGUUCCCGCGAUUUGAGUGUUUAUCAAGGACUUGCAAUAUUUGGUUUAUAAUUAUUUUAAGUGAAAUUUUUUUAUGUUAUAUUUCACAAACCAAUACACCAACUCUUUAUUUUAUCAUUAAUAGUAUCACACCCUGCACAGGACACUGAUUUGAUAUUCUGCUUGUUGCGGCGGAUGUAUUGGACUAUUCUUAGAUGUCUGUUUCCUAUGUUUGGCAAUUCUAUUGUGUUCAGUUUUUAUUUAUAAGUGAUUGUACUUUACCUUAGCUAAUUAGGUUUCUAGUAUAAUCUGUUUAGAUAGACUGAUUUACUUUCAGGUGUUUCAGUGUCUCAGUUUCAGUUUUUGGUGUUUUUCAAAAUUACUUUCUGAUGUUGCUUUUCCAGAAAUGUUCUUCUAAUGCCUGCAAUAACAGCAGUUCUUUCGUGUAUUACAAAGAAUUUGUGCAACAAUCCCUUUUCCAUUUUCAGAUCAUGUAAAUUAUUUUUCCUUUACUGUGACCGUAAGCCCUGAAAAUUCUCUCAAAUAUUGGACAGAUAACUGGUUCUGCUACAAAAGCUUUGUGUUUUUUAGUUUUCAUACUUAGGAAUCUUAGUUCCUUGUAACUUUAAUGCAUUUGUUUUACAAUGUCACAUGACACAAGUAAAGUGUCUUGAGUGAUGAGUUUGCAUGACAAGCUUGUGAUUAAAAGCAGGAUUCUUCUAUAGGACUGAUUGUAAUUCAAAUUUUUGAUGGAUUAUACCCUUCAGUAAUGCAAGUUUGGUAUUUUACUUUUUACAAGUUAAACAGUGGCUAAGAUUCUUUGUUCUUUAGAAGCUUAAACCGUUCGUGCAACUAUAUAUAUAAAUCAAAUGCUUUACAGGUGAGCAAAGGAUGAUACCAAACCUUCAAGCCAAUUAUAACCAAAAGAGGUCAAAUUCUCUGUAAGAUUCUCAAGAAAAAAUUUGUACUCUUUUUCAGCAACAUAAAAUUGAAAUAAAAUAAAAUAUGUAAUGUUAUAUAUAUUAGUCUCUCAAAUUUUAAUGUCAUUUCUUUAUUGUUACUCUCACUACUAUUAUACACCAUGGUUGCAUUCAAGAGAAAACCUGUAAUGGGUUCUGGUGGUCACACCAACCCUUUAGUUUGGUUAGCAGCUAUAAUCUGCACAAUUUUCGCAAUAGCUGUGAUUGUUACUGGCAUUAUGAUGUUCAUUGGUUACAUAAUGAUCCAUCCAAGAGUACCUACAAUCAGUGUCACCAAUGCUCAUUUAGAUCUUCUAAGAAAUGAUUAUGCUGGUUUACUUCAAACUCAGCUAAGCAUUGUUGUGACUGCUUACAAUGGAAAUGCCAAAGCUCAUGCAAAAUUUUCUAAGAUGACAUUUAGUCUUAGCUUUCAAGGUCAAGGAAUUGCAGUGCUUGUUGCGGAUUCAUUUGAUGUGCCGAAGAACAGUUCGAAUGUUCUUCGGUAUGUUGUUCAAUCGUCGUCGAUACCGUUAACGCCGGAUCAAAUGGAGAAAGUUGGUGAGUCUUGGAAGAGAAAUGAGAUUGGUUUUGAUUUUAAAGGUGCUGGUAGGACUAGGUGGAAGGUAGGACCUUUUGGUUCUGUGAAAUAUUCUUGUCAUUUGAAUUGUUACCUUAAGUUUCGACCCUUGAAUGGUAGUUAUAUACCUUCUAAGUGUUCAUCCAAAUCAAAAUGAUUCUUUGUUACAGAUAGUUUUACCUCAUCUUCUUUCUUCUGUAGAUUAUUCAGGUUAUAUAUAUAGAAAAUAAAGUUGCAGGUUAUUAUACAUUCAUCACAGAAAGCAAAGAACUUUGAAGUACAAAAUAAGGUUAAUGAUGUAUCAAAUUGUGGUAUAUAACAUCUUGUUAUACUAAUAUAGGUUGCUAUUCUAACA